AUGCGUCGUUCUUUCUCACAUCGGUUUCGCGAAAUAAAGGGCGCUGGGGCAAUUACUUUCAAGAGGUUUCUACACUCUCAAUCAACAUUGGCAGACAAUGGACCGGAUACCCCGCAUGGCGACAGCGAGGUUCUCGGUGCUCAAUCCACAUCACAAGAUGAGCCUCGCGAUCUCUGGGACCGAGCAGAAAAGGCUCUGCGAGACAGUUCCGAUGACCAGACGAGAAAGGUCAUGGAGACAUAUUUGUCGAUUCUGGAAUCAGAGCUGGGAUUUGCGAUUGCGGGGAUGACAUCUUUUGAUCGCCAGAAGCAGUUGUCUAAUUUCACUGUCAACAGAAUCCAAGCUCUUGAGAAAAAGAAAUGGAAAGUUCGACUACGCGAAAAUCACGUUUCUAUCGAAAGUAUCUUGACUGGGAUUGUGAAUAAUGUGCUGGCUGUGAGGGAUAUCGUUUCCCCGGCGGCUUCUGCAGAUCCGCAUGUUGCGCUGGCUUGCGCAGGAGUCACAGUGAUUUUAUCACUGCUCAUUCGAUCAGUGAACGAGCACAAGGCGCUACUAUCUGGCUUUGACUAUACGUCAAAACUGAUCUGCCAAUUCAAUGUGAUUGAGAAACUGUACUUGUCACGCAAAGAUGUUGUUCUUGCCAGCGCGGACGAUGCUGGCCGGUUUGCGACUGAGUUCGAAGCCAGUAUGCUGGAUCUCUAUUCAGGAGUUCUGGAGUUCCAAGCCCGAGCUCUGUGUCACCUUUCUAGACACCCGAUCAGACAGAAAUUCAAAGAGACGUUUGCAGUCAACAGUUGGAAGGAAAAACUAGCGGAUAUUAAGGACUCAGAGACGCUGUGCAGGAACUUCACUUCGGUCAUUGACUCAGCAAAAUUGCACAGUGGCCUGGAAAAGCAUGAGCGAAGUCUUUUAGAGGUGCGGGAAAAUACCAAUGACAUCCUGGACACCCUGAGAAGGCACAAAAACCCUCAAACUGCUUCUGCUCGGGAUGAGCUUCUCAAGGCGCUUUAUACUUCCCGCUAUGAGGAUCACAAAGACAGAAACCAGGAAUCAGUCGAGGGCACAUGUCAAUGGUUCACAAAUCAUCCUCUAUUUCAAGGGUGGAGGGACAAUCCAUCAUCUUGCUUGCUUUGGGUUUCUGCAGACCCUGGCUGUGGGAAAUCAGUGCUGGCAAAAAGUCUAGUCGACCACGAGAUUCGGGGGUCUGAAAAGCGGAUCGUCUGCUACUUCUUUUUCAAAGAUGAUCAUACGGAGCAAAAGAGUGCAGUGAAUGCCUUGUGUGCCAUGCUACGCCAAUUGUUUCUCCAGAAUGACAAGCUUUUGCACAAAUCCAUACUUGAAGAUUUCAGGACAGAUCCAGGUUGGCUUACCAAGUCUUUCUCCAGCUUGUGGGACUUGCUGCUCAAAGUAGCGAGCGGCCCGAAUGCCGGGGAAAUCGUUUGUGUUCUAGACGCUCUGGACGAGUGUGAGGAGAGUGAACGUGCUCAACUCACGCAAGCUUUGAACAGGUUCUACCGCAGGGAGAACAGCAAGUCGUGGUUAAAAUUCCUGGUAACGAGUCGGCCAUAUGCUCAUAUACAGCGCGAGUUUCAACCUCUGAAGAAUCGCGUUCCAGAAAUCCACCUGAGCGGCGAAGACGAUGUUGAGACAGAGAAGAUCUCCAAUGAGAUCAAUCUGGUUAUUCAGACCCGCGUUGAGGAAAUGGGGGAUCGUCUGCAGCUUGACAAUCACGAACGCGUGUUUCUUCGCAAUCAGCUUCUGCUUAUCUCUCAUCGGACAUAUCUUUGGGUCACUCUGAUCUUUGACGUGAUUGAGAACAGCAUCAGCUACACGAAUUCGAAAGUACAAGAGAUCAUUCGCACACUCCCUAGGACAGUUGACGAAGCGUACGAGAACAUCCUGGCUCGGAGUCCCGACCAGGCAAAAGCCCAAAAACUUCUCCAUAUUGUUGUCUCUGCUGUCAGACCCAUGACCCUCAAAGAGAUGAGGAUCGCCCUUGCAAUAGGCCCAACUGACCGUACGUACGAGGAUCUCGAUCUUGAGUCGGAGACACGGUUUCCCACCGUGGUGAGAAAUCUAUGCGGGCUGUUUGUGACCAUCAUCGAUUCAAAAAUAUAUCUGUUGCACCAGACUGCAAAGGAGUUUUUAGUGAAGAAGGCAGGGUGUACAUCCAAACCAAGCGCGGAGCGGAGAUCCUCAACAAAUUAUAGAGCUGUCGAAAAUCAGCCGCAUAGCGAUAUCGCCUUCCCUAAAUGGAAGCAUUCUCUGGUGCCAACCGAAUCAAACAACAUUCUCAAUGACAUAUGCAUUGCAUAUCUUUUGUUUGAGGACUUUGAGUCUUGCCCGGAGAAGCUUCUCACGGAAUAUACCCAAGAACAUGAUUUCUUAGAAUACGCAGCCAAGAACUGGGCCGAGCACUUUCGUAAGGCGUCGAGCGAAAGGCAGUCAGCGGCUUUGAAAUCAGUGAUCGAAGUGUGCACUCUAGGUUGCAGGCGAUUUGAUGUGUGGUUUUCUAUACACCAGGGAAGCUCUCACCUGUCGAGUUGGAACGAGUCUCACAUCUCUGACCUUUUAUUGGGAUCGUAUUUUGGCCUGGAAUUAAGAGUCAAGGCUCUAAUAGACAGUACUGGUCAAGGAUUGGAUGACAGGGGCUCGUUCUUUGAUGGGUCUGCUUUGACAUUGGCAGCUAAAGGUGGACACGAGCAAGUUGUGAAUCUACUCCUGGAUGCGGGAGCUGGUGGUGAACCCUCUGACAUCAAGGAGGGAUUGUACCAGCCUUUGGAGGAGGCUGCUAUCAAUGGACAUGCCCAGGUUGUGGAAAUUCUUCUGGGCCGGGAAAAGGAAUUCCUUGAUGCAGCAUACCAUUCGAAAUCGAUGGCACUCUGGGAGGCAGCAGGAAAUGGCCACGAGAAAGUUGUGAGACUUCUGCUAGCAUCCGGGGCUGAUGCAAAUGGUGAUUCCCCAGAUAAAUCGCCGCUCUCGACAGCCGCGGAAAAUGGCCAUUUGGAGAUCGUGAGGCUCCUGCUGAAACAAAAAGGAAUUGACCCGACGUGGCAGAGUGCAGCGGGUAAUACACCACUUAGUCUGGCUGCAGCAGGCGGUCAUGAUACACUAGUCAAACUUCUUCUCUGCGUCGAGGGGGUUGACCCGGAUUGCCGGAAUCACGAAGGCUAUUCGCCUUUAUCCUGGGCCGCAGGGGGAGGUCACAUUGAAGUAGUCAAGCUUUUGAUCGCAACAAACGCUGUCCAACUUGACGCGAAAGACUCGUGCGAGCGCCGAACCCCACUCCUCUCGUCUCUUAUAGCAGGGCACGAUUCAAUAUCCAAGCUCCUGCUCGACAGUGGGGCCCAAGAUAUUGACUAUGGUGAUUCCAUUUUAGGUGGCCGCACCGCGUUGUCAAUCGCCGCCGAGCGUGGCAACGAGGUCCUAUCCAAUCUCCUGUUAGAUACGGGAAAAGUCAAUCCUAAUUCUAAGUCCACCUACAAUCGUACGCCGCUUUCAUACGCCAGUGAAAGCGGGGCCACUGGUAUUGUCAGGCGGCUAUUGAAUACAGAAGGCGUGGACCCUGACCUCACCGACACCAAUUACGGGCGAACACCACUCUCAUGGGCGGCAGCAAAAGGUCAUUUCGAGGUGGUCCAGCUAUUUUUGCAGUCACCUGGGAUUGAUCUGAGGUCUCGUGAUUUCCUUUAUCGACGCACGCCGCACUUAUGGGCCCUUUCGCAUAACCAUUCAGAUGUCGCUCAUAUAAUCCGAGAGGAAGAGAUACGAAGAGCGCCGGAUGAUGCAUUUGAAGAAAUGAUGUUGUCUCCCAAGUAUGGCGAUGAUUUCAUUCAGUCCAAGUUGCCAUUGCGCCUCCCAUCAAAAGUGGUGUCUCCCGAGUACGAUGGCGACGACGAUGCCGUUCAGUCCACGCUGCCGUGGCCCGUGCCGACUUUGCUGUUCACAGAACAUUAA